AUGCCGGAAUCGGCUCCCAAGUCCUCGAAAUUUCGCCCGCUUCUUCCUGCUCCGCCUUCUGAUGAUGGCAGCAUCGCCUCUAGUUCUCGUCGUUUGGCGAAGCAGUCUUCUCCCGUGACAUCAGCUUGCAUAGAAUGUCGAAAGCGUAAAACCAAGUGUAGUGGUAGUCGCCCUACGUGCACUGCGUGUAUACGGCGACAUGUGGAAUGCAUUUACGAUAGGGGUCCUGACGAGACACAAGCCAAAGUGGUCAAACGCAAGUACGAAGAACUCAAGAGCCACAGCACUCCAUAUGAACGUAUAUUUGACGCAAUUCGCUCCCGGUCUGAGGCUGAUGUGGGAGCCAUUGUACGGAAGAUACGGAGGGGCGAAAACGUAGAUGACAUUGCCCGUCAGGUCGAGCACGGCGACUUGCUUCUGCAAUCGUUUCUCGUACCCGAGGCAAGAUAUCGCUACGAGUUCCCGCUUUCUUCGAACCUGCCUCCCCAUCUCUUGCUUCAGUCCAAUGUCUAUCUGAAGUCGCUGAUAUAUAAGUGGGCUCCCCCAUUGUCACUAGGAGAUGCCGCCGAGUCUGGACCUUCUUCCUCACAUCAACAGCCGGAGAAUGCGUUUUCGGAAGCCGAGGCCCCCUACUUGAUGCCGUACCAUGCAGCCAAGAUAAUCAAUACUCGUCUCAGUUCCAUUGCGCCAUCAAAGUGGACCAGUGUCAGCUCGGAUGAUCUGUUGAUGAGAAGACUCCUCAGCGCAUUCUUCCUCCAAGACCAUGACUGGUGGACCGCAUUCCAAAAGGACUACUUUCUUGAAGACAUGUCCAAGAUGCACGAUGAACUCUGCUCGUCUCUACUUGUAAAUGCGUUACUUGCAUUGUCUUGUAACUAUUAUCGCGGCCUCGAUGGCCGCACUGAGUUUUGGAAUCCUCAAACCCUAGGCUACCGCUUUUUGGCAGAGGCCAAGAGGCUGUGGGAGUAUGAGAAGGGUCUCGAUAAGCUAACGACCAUCCAGGCUGCUCUUGUUUUCCACAUCAUCUACAGCGGAACUGGGGCUGACAAGAUCGGAUACGCCUACACAGUCCAAGCAUGUGCCAUUGCCCACAAGAUUGAUCUAUUCAACCCAACCUCUGUCACGGAAAAUACCAGGUUACGUGACGCCAGGCAUUACACGGCAUGGGCAUUGUUUAGUUGGCAGAGUCUUAUGUCAUUCCAUUACUUCAGGCCUCCUCUCUUCAAUCGACCACCAGCUAGCUUGCCAGAUCCGAAGCAUGAACCAGAGUGGUACGGCGAAAUCUGGCUCAAGUACCCUCUUGGUAGGACUCUGUUUCCCAGUAGCUCAGGGGACGUUUUCAAGGCAAGGGCCGAGUUUGCCGUAAUACAAAACGAGGCAGCACAGAGAUUGUUUGCCGGUUCAACGCCAGCUCCGCAGCUCUCUGCUGCAGAAGUUGCAGUUUUCUAUUUCCGGUUUAAGGGCUGGUACGACAGCUUGCCGGAAGCACUGUCUCCUCGAAGAGCCGUGCUUCCAUCCCAUCUCAAACUUCAUAUGCACUAUUUCCAGAUUCUUCUCAGACUUUUCCAGUCCCCAAGUCUCAUAAAUGAGCCCGGGUCAGAAGCGGACGCAGCCGUGGUUAAUCUCUUUGGCCAACCGCCCCAGGAGCUCCUCUCAUACGCAAAAGUCAGUCUAGAGACUUUGCUGCGAGCUUACUACUUACGACAUGGCUUUGAGUGGCUCGACACAUAUCUCCUUUCUCUAAUGCUAGACGUGGCUUUCAUCGCUAUUGAAGGAAUGAAAGUCCAGGACAGUGACGCAGAUCUCUCCGCACUACGUUCAACUAUCAUCCUGCUUGCCAAGGGUAUCUACGAGCAAGGCCAGAAUUUGUUCCUGGGGAAACUGGUAUUUAAUGUGGUGAGAGGCAAGAUGCGCUCCGAGGACUUGGAUACACUGGGGCAACUUGCCAGGAUUGAAAAGAUAGGGGAGAAGGAAGCCAUCGGCCUCCAGCAAGCUCAGAUGGAAUGGCCGGUUCAGAUCACUAGCAUGGCGGACGAUCCAGGGUCAAAGAAAAUUGGCGAUUUAUCCAAGCAACUUAUGGAGACGUCGCUAGAAUUACCUGGUGAGGAUAUCACUUUAUAG